CUACACUUCCCAUAAUCCAGUUCUUCAAGGGCGGUUCCACAUAGGCUUCACUGAAACGGACGUUCGCGCGCAUCGAAUAAGCUUCUGUUUAAACUCGGUUUAUCCUACAUUUACCUAACGACAUCACAAUGCCAAAGUCAAAGGAAAUGUUGUCUUCUAACUCAGAGAGUGACUCUGACAGUGAAGUUGAUACGAAGGCCAAGCGAAAGAAGCAGGCAACACCUGAGAAGCCAUCAAAGAAACAAAAAAGUGGAGAAACCUCAAAAGUGUCAUCUGCGUCCAAAAGCAGCAGCAGCAGCAGCAGCAAAAAUGACAAUAUGUUCCAGAUAGGAAAGAUGAGGUAUGUGAGUGUUCGGGAUUUCAAGGGAAAAGUGCUGAUUGAUAUCCGGGAAUACUGGAUGGACCAGGAAGGUGAAAUGAAACCAGGCCGGAAAGGUUGGUGCUAUAGGUUCAAAUGUGACGGUAGGAAUGCCACCUGGUGGAGAUCGUGCUGCUUGUUUUAAAUCAGUGGGAAAGGG